GUUAAGAAGACAGUUUGCAGCAAUAUGCCGUGGACUCCAAAUCGCAAAGAAAAGAUGAUCUAUCUUUCGUACAUAAAUCUUUUUAUGUUUAUUGCCACUUUUCGAAAAGUGGUAUCAUUGCAUCAGUUUCAUAGUUUAAUUCAAAAUCCUGGGAAAGGAGUGAAUUUUUAUGGAGAUAUACAAAACAAUCCUGCAAUGGGAGUUUAUAAUGGAAUGAGUUCCGAAGACCGUUCCCGUGGUUUCGAUCAAUUUGACUGCUUAGACAGAGCGUAUAAUCCUUCCAACUGCGUUAGCAAGUCCAUGUAUCAAGACCCUGGUAUUAUCUGCGAAAUUCAAAACCCUAUUCCAUGUGAUUACUCUUAUCCAUACAGGACAUACAAUGGAUCAUGCAACAACCUGCAUAUAUCAAGACUUGGCAUGAAAAACCAAUGCUACUUUCGUUUUACUCCUCCCUAUUAUGAAGGAUUUGGAGGCUUUCGAAAAUCUGUCAGAGGAGGCCCUUUGCCUGAACCCAGGGACAUCUCCUUAAAAAUAUUCAAGGAUCGUUCCAUACCAGCAGAUAAAGUAUCCUUCCAAUUCGUUACAUUUGGACUAUUGGUAGCACUUGAUCUUGUUUCUUCUGGUCACCCACCAACUGAUUGUUGUUCUAAAGAGAAUGCAAACAAGCCAGAAUGCAAGCCGAUUUCAAUAAGGCCAGAUGACAAAUUUUAUUCCCAAUUUAACAAAACUUGUAUGGACUUCCAGAGAACAUAUCAGUGUGAUUGCCAAACAACGCACAGAGCUCAAAAGAAUGGCGUCACUUCUGCUAUAGAUCUUUCUUCAUUGUAUAGCGUCAGCGAAGACAAAGCGAUGGAAAUAAGAAGAUUAGAUGGAUCAGGGAAAUUGAAAUCUAAUGAUUCAAGUAUAGGCACUCUUCUACUUACUGGAAAGGAUCCAGCCGACCCAUUUUGUCCAAAACUGCAAGAAUCAGAGUGUUUUAAAGGAGGUGAUCCACGUCUGAAUCAACAUGCUUCUCUGACGGGCGUGUUGACCAUUUUUCUGCGAGAGCACAACAGAAUCGCAACUAUUCUGAAACAGAUGAAUCCACAUUGGGAAGAAGAGAAAUUAUUUCAAGAAACCAGAAAGAUUGUUAUUGCUGAAUUCCAGUGCAUCAUCUUCAAGGAUUAUUUACCGAUUCUUGUGGGUCCUCGCAUUUUAGAAGAAUUUGGUAUGACAGUAAAAGAUGGUUCAAAUGGCAUGCAAUACGACUCUAGUGUCAUACUUGCUAUAUGGAACGAAUUCUCAACUGCAUCGUUUAGACUUCAUAGCACAGUUCCCACAAAGAUCGGUGCACUGCAUCUUCGAUUCAAGGAUACUUUUUCGAAUCCUGAUCUGAUUCGUCAAGGACAUUUGUCGCAAUUGUUAAAAGGUUCACAAAAAGCUCCAUCUGAACAGUUCGACCGAUAUGUAGUCACAGACCUUACAGACUUCUUAUAUCAAAUGCCUGGAAUGAAGUACGGACAGGACCUAGUAUCAUUCAACAUUCAAAGAGGAAGAGACCAUGGUCUAGCCCCUUAUGUAGAUGUAGUGAAAUUUUGUUCUGAAGGAACGGUCAUUAUCUCAUCUUUUGAUGAUCUCCACGAACUUCGAUUGAUGUCGGAGUCUAAUGCUAAUCUGCUGAAACAAAUAUAUGCCUCGGUACAAGACAUAGACAUGUGGGUUGGAAUGCAAUUGGAAGAAGUAAUGCCCGGCGCUGUCACCGGUCCAUCAGCUGCUUGCAUUAACGUCAAGCAAUUCUUUUUCAACCAGAAAGGAGACCGAUUUUACUUUGAUCUUGAAGGUUCAGAGGCUGAAUUUACAGCAGCUCAGAGAAGUUCUCUGAAGCAGUGCUCUUUCGCUCGACUUUUAUGUGACAACACAGAUAUCAAUGAAAUCACGAAGAAUCCUUUUCUCCUUCCUGAUAAAGAGAAUUUUGCGAGAUCCUGCAAUGAAAUUCCCAAAGUUGACUUCACGCUAUGGAAGGACAAUGGAAACAAUGCCAAUACAUCUUAAUUGUAUUACAUUAAACUAUCUGGAUAUCUUUACAUAUAUAAUAUUAUUUCAAUGAUUGAAAAAUGUUUGUAAAAUUAUUUAAGCACUCAAUGAAAUUCUAUCCUGUAUGUUUAUUUUGUAUUAUAUUUCA